AUGGCGUCAGGUGAAGGCCAAGUUGGCUUCAAUGCCACUCCCGGGAAGAUUGAAGAUGCCCACAGCGAGGAUCUGACGCUGGUCCUCUCGGAAGAGCAAGCCCUUGCUCGGGCCAGGCACGCUCCCGGGGACGCUCUACCAAUCUGUAUAGCAUUCGCCCAUGACGACCGCGAUAAUCCCCGGAAUUGGGGCAAACUGCGAAAAUGGUACAUUACCCUUUUCGUCAGUAUGCUCAACGUCCUCACCUGCUGGUGCGCCGGAGGCAUCGCGUCAGGAGCCACCGGCAUCGCCGAGGAAUUCCAUGUCUCCUCUGAAGUCACCACGCUUUGCCUCUCGCUGUACGUGCUAGGCUUCGCCAUCGGUCCCGUCCUGCUGGCCCCGCUCUCCGAGUACUUUGGCCGACAACCCGUCUACGUCGUCUCGUGGUGCCCCUCGCCGUGGCCCCGAACAUCGGAACCAUCAUCGUCUGCCAUCGUCUGCCGCUUCUUGGCUGGUUGUGCUGGCGGUGCGCCUCUCACCAACACCGGUGGCUCCAUCAGCGAUCUCUGGGAGCGCAACAGCAGCGGCGGCCCGAUGGCUGUAUACGGGCUCAGCAGUACCUUUGGGCCCCCGACCGCACUCGUCAUGAGCGGGUACAUCGGUCUCAACGCAGGCUGGCGGUGGAUCUUCUGGGUAUUGAUGGCCAUCACCGGCGGCUUCUGGCUGCUCCUCAUCUUCACCAUCCCGGAGACUCGGCACAGCAUCAUCCUCCAGCGCAAGGCCGCGCGCGUCCGCAAGCAGAUGGCGCAGAAGAACCUGGCAUCGGCCGCGACGACGGUGGACCUCCACGCGCAUAGCCGCAAGGGCCUGCACACCCUCUUCGCCAUCACCCUCACCAGGCCCUUCAGGUUCCUCUUCACCGAGCCCAUCACGCUCUGCUCCGCCGUCUACAACGGCUUCCUCUACGGCCUGGUCUACCUCUUCAACGAGGCCUUCGCGCUCGUCUUCGGCCCCGGCAACGGCCACGGCUUCAACACCGGUCAGCAGGGCCUUUCCUUCCUCGGCAUGGCCAUCGGGCCGAUUAUUGCAUUCUGCCUCUAUCCGCUCCAGGAACGGUACUUACUACCUGCGCCGCGUAGCCGCCAACGGAGGCAAAGGCGAGCCCGAGGCACGGAUGUGGAUGGCGCGGUGGGGGGCGGUUCUGAUCCCCAUCAGUCUGUUCUGGUUCGGCUGGACGAGCUACCGCUCCGUGCACUGGAUCUUGCCGAUCAUCGCGUCCUCGUUCUUCGGCGCGGGCAUCUACAUCGUUAUCCUGAGUAUUCUGAACUACGUGGUGGACAGCUACCAGACGUACUCGGCCUCGGCGCUGGCGGGGGUGAUUUUGGUCAGGAACGUCGUCGGCGCGGGGUUCCCCCUGUUCGCGAGCCAGAUGUACCAGCGGCUGGGCUACGAGUGGGCGUCGAGUCUGCUGGGCUUCCUGGCUAUCCUCCUCGUGCCGAUCCCGUUUGUGUUCUUCUACUUGGGCCGAGCGAUCCGGUUGCGGAGUCCGUGGGCUCGUGA